CUUUGAAUUUCGCUCCCUUGGCAGCGCUGGGAAGCGAUGCCAUUCCCCAGGCUCCCGCCUUUCCUGCCCCCCAUCCCCCACAGUCCAAGCUUUCUGGAUUCUUGGGGACAAGAAUUCCCUGGAAUCCUUGGAAUUCAGGCCAGGAGCAGAUCCGCCACCAGCACCUUCCCAGGGGAAGAACGCAGCCCUGCCGUGCUUCAGUUUCCCCACGGUGACAUCGAUCCCUGUGGCAUCCCUCAGGAAUGACAACUCCUGUCCCUUCCCAUCCUGAAUUUCUCCCUGCUUUUAUUCCCCCCUUCGCCCCUCUCCUCGUGCCCACAGCUGCAGCUGAGCUCCAGCCUCGAUUUCCUCCCCAGCACCGGGAUUUUCCUCCUUUCCCACCCAGCUCCUCGUUCCCCUCCACUUUCACGGCAGCUUCCGAGAGACCCCACAAGCUCCGGGGCUCUUUCCCAUCAGCCCUCGUUAGGCAGCACGAGGGCCGCUGAAUUAAUUAAUCACUGAAUUAAUUAAUCACUGAAUCAGCCGCUGAAUUCGUCACCCGGCCGUGCGGCGGAGCAGCUGCUCGGCAUCAGCCCAAAGGGCUCCGGGCUGCUGCUCCCUCCCUUUUCCGGGAGCUCCGAGGGAUGAGGACACUUUGCUGGGCAAAACAACUUAUUUUUCUUCGCCCCCCUUUUUCGUUGCGUGACCCUUUUUAAAGCACCACAAAAGGAGAAGCAGCUCCCCGGGGAUAUUUUUCCUGCCUUUGUGCUCUUCCCCAAGCCUCUCUCUCGGUUUCCCUGGGCUGCACCUUUCCCUGGAGCCCAGCCCAUCCCAAACAUUCGCGGCUCCUCCGGAAGCCUCCUGCCAGCUCUGCCCGCUCAAAGUCACCUUGUCCCAACCCGCCGCGCUCCGGCCUCUCCCGGCAAAUCAUUAAUCGGCUCCUCGGCAUUCCCGCAUGGAAAAAUGCCCCAGCGGGUGCCCCCGGCCUGGCACUCGGACAUGCAGCUGCCCGGGAAGCUGCUCCUGUCGGCGGCCGCGCUGCUGCUCCUGUCCCUGGCCUUCAGGUUCUAUAGGAACCGCUCGCCUCCCCCGGGAAAAAUCCCGCCGGGAGAGCAGCGGGAAAACCGGGAUGGGGAUGGGGAAAACCGGGAUGGGGGUCUGAGGAGGAGGAGGAGGGAUGGGGGGGACAAAUCUGGGAAUGGCCUCGGGAUGCGGCACGCAGCUCUCCGGGGGGAGAAGAGUUUUCCAAGGAGUGAGGAGGAGGAGGAAGGAGAGGAGGUGGAUUCGGAGCUGGCUUUGAUUGCCAGGAAAGCCCCGCUCGGUCUGGCCAGGACAGAGAGGGAGUUGAGAACUAAACAGGGAUGGAAGUUGGGAAUCAAAGCAGAAAGCGAAGUAGGGGUUGAGCAGGGGAGUUAUCCCGGGAGCAGGACGGGAAGCGAGCUGGGAAAUCAGCCAGGAAGCAGGCUGGGAAUCAAGCCGGGAAGUAAUCCGGGAAGAAAGACAGGAAAUGAGUCGGGAAGUGAGCAGGCAAACGAGCCGGGAAUCGAGCUGGAAAACGAGCUGGGAAAUAAAUUGGGAAUGAAAUCAAGAACGGAGCUGGGAAGUGAGCAGGGAAGCGAACCAGCAAGCAACCUGGAAAGUGAGCUGGGAGGCAAGGCAGGAUUGGAGCUGGGAAGUGGGCCGGGAAUUCUGCUGGGAAGCGAGCUGAGCUCUCAGGACCCCGGGGCCGGAGCCCGGGGUGGCCCCGUGGAGAGGGACGGGAACGCACCUGGCCUCGAGCGUUCCCCGGGGAUUUGCGAUGCCCGGACAGAGGGGGAUGGAUGUGCCCAGAGCACGGAGCAGGGUCCGGCUGGAGCCCGGAGGAGCAGCGAGGGCAGCACGGGCUCAGUCCGGACCCUCAGCGUCACCUCCAGCCUGGGGCUGUUGCUGACGGCGAGCGAGGCGGGCUCGGACACCUCCUACUCCUUCUCCUCGGUGGCCAAGAUCCAGGUGGAGGAGAACUUCAUCCCGGAGCGCCGGGACAAGAGCAGGGACAGCUCGCCCGGGCCUGGCCUGCGGGGCAAAGUCUACGACUACUUCGUGCAGUCCACCUCCGAGUCGGUGUCCAAGCGGACGUCCCUGCCCUUCGUCCCCUCGGGGACAUCCCAGCGCCGCGGGGAGCGGGGCCAGGUAGAGCCGCAGAGCUCCGGAACCCAGGGGGAGGAUCCAGCUUUGGGAAUUCCUGAUCCAAACACCUCCAGAGCUGCACAGGAGGCCAUGGAGAGCCCUCCUGCACCACCUUCUCCCGGCUGGAACGGCAGCACCCUCGGCAUCCCCCCCCAGCUGCCCGGUGGGGUUCCAGCUGCGGGUCCUGAGCCGUCCCAAGGGUCUCCACCUGCCCAGGUGCACUUGGGGAACUGCUCCGAGGUUCUGCGCUGGGCCAAGGCGCGGCAACUGCGGGGGCUGCAGGACGAAGCUCUCCAGGUGAUGAGCCAGCACCUCCUGCAGGUGCUGCGCUCCCCACACCUCUACGGCCGCCUCAACGCCGGCGAGCGGGAGCUGCUCCUGGGGCUCCGGAGCCGAGGGCGGCCGCGCCUGGUGGUGGCCGAUGUCCCCCCGGCCGAGUCCGGCCACCGCCGCGGCCGCCUCUGCUACUACGACGAGGACGAGGACCGCUGGUGCCAGCUGUGCCCGCUGCCGGCCGAGGUGGCCGGGCGGGGCUGCGCCGUGUGCCCCAUGUUCAAUUAUCUGUUCGUGGUGCCCGGCGGGGAAGGCGCGGGCCGGGCACGGAGCCCCUCCCGCCGCGUGCUCUGUUACGACCCCCUGGGCGACAGCUGGAGCGACAUCUGUCCCCUGCGCCAGGCGCGGCCGCACUGCCAGCUGGUGGCCCUGGACGGCCACCUCUACGCCAUCGGGGGCGAGUGCUUGGCCACCGUGGAGCGCUACGACCCGCGGCAGGACCGCUGGGCCUUCGCCGCUGCCCUGCCCAGGGACACCUUCGCCGUGGCCCACGCGGCCACCGCGUGCGACGGGGACAUCUAUGUCACCGGGGGCACCCUGCGCUCACUGCUGCUGCGCUACGACGCCCGCAGGGACAGCUGGGUCACCAGCCCGGCCAUCGGCGACAAGGACAGGACGGCCGAGCUGCUGAGCGCCCAUGGGUUCCUGUACCGCUUCCAGCUGCGGCGCGGUGCUGGUGGCACCGAUGUCACCGUGUCGCGGUGCAGCGCCAGCGCCAGGCUGUGGUACCCCUGUGCCAGCCACCCUCUGGCCGAGCCGGCCGGGCUGCGCUGCGCCGCCCUGGGCAGCCUCGUCCACUGCCUCGGCCGCGAUUUCCAUCUGCGCUUCCUGGCUGACCCCGUCUCGCCACGCUUCGGGGCCAAGGAGCUCCGGCCCUUCCCGGCGCCCCACGGGAUCCUCCUGCCCGCGGUCCUGGUGCUGCCCGAGGGGGACACGGAGCCACCGCGGCUCUGAGGGGUCCCCAGGGAGCGAUGGCAGCCGGAGAAGGAGCUCCCAGUCCGAGCUGAGCAAUCCAAGCCCUCCAUGGACCCAGCCUGUUCCCACUCCCUGGGAUGUAGGAAGGGAUCAAACCCCUGGAUUUGGCCUCUUCCCCACUCCCUGGGACGUAGGAAGGGAUCCAGCCCUAGGACGCUGCCGGGAGCCGCAGCCCGGAGGCUCCAGGAAGAGCCGGGAGGAGCUGGGCGGACUUGUUUGCUCGGGGGAAUUUAAACAGGGCCGUGUUUGCUCGGGUGGCAGCAAAUCCUGGAUCUCCCCGGGCUCCAGCUGUCCGGGACCUGAUUUAGACCUGACUUAGGCUCCAGUUGGUGAACAUUGACCCAAACACGGGUGGGGUGGUUGAGGGUGGAGGUGGGGUCGGCAGGGAGGUGCCCCCAAGGCUCUGCCAGCAUCGCUCCGACACCUCACCUCGCUCAGCCCAUUCCAGGGACAGACUUCGGGGCUGUCCUCGUUAUCUCUCAUUUCUUUAUCUCAUUAUCUCUCCCCUCCUCCUCAGAGCUGUGUUCUCCGUAUUUAAUCUCUGUGUAAAGCGGCACCGGGGGUUUAGGCACAGCUGGGCCGAAA